UACGUGGAUGCUGAUUGGACGACGAGACGAGGGACGCACGCAGCGUCAAAUCGUUGCCCACCAUGGCGGAAUUUGUUCGAGUUGACAGCAGCACAAGUGGUCAUACUAUGGAUAAAAGCAUUACUCUCCCGCCUGACGAAAUAUUCCGCAACUUGGAAAACGCAAAGCGUUUCGCAAUAGACAUAGGUGGCUCCCUCACAAAGCUUGCAUACUACUCAACUGUACAACACAAGGUGGCCAAAGUACGAUCUUUCGACCACACUACAAAGGAGGCGACCGGUGACAACCUCUAUGAGAUAUCCAUGCAGGAAGAGGUCACUGCUCGCCUGCACUUCAUCAAGUUUGAAAAUGCUUACAUAGAAACAUGCUUGGACUUUGUCAAAGACCACCUGGUCAACACGGAAACCAAAGUUAUCAAAGCCACAGGUGGGGGGGCGCACAAGUUCAAAGAACUCAUUGAGAGGAAACUCGGACUCAAAGUGGACAAAGAGGAUGAGAUGACCUGCCUCAUCAAAGGAUGUAACUUUGUGCUGAGGAACAUACCUCACGAGGCUUUCGUGUACGCCAAGCACGCAGACUCGGAAUUCCGCUUCCAGACGACUCAGCCAGACAUCUUCCCUUACCUGCUUGUCAACAUCGGCUCUGGCGUGUCCAUAGUCAAGGUUGAAUCCGAGGACAAAUUUGAGCGAAUAGGAGGAAGCUCAAUAGGGGGAGGGACGUUCUGGGGCCUUGGAGCCUUGCUCACCAAAACUAAGAGAUUUGACGAGUUGCUACAGUUGGCCUCAAAGGGGCAGCACACAAGUGUCGAUAUGCUCGUCAAAGAUAUCUACGGAGGAUCUUAUGGGUCUUUAGGCUUGACUGGAGAUCUUAUUGCGAGCAGUUUCGGAAAGUCUGCAACUGCUGACAAAGGUGAAACAUGGGAGGGACCAAAGUUCUCUAAAGAAGACAUGGCCAAGAGCUUACUCCACAUGAUCAGCAACGACAUCGGGCAGCUGGCCUGUCUGUAUGCUAAACUCCACAACCUCUCCCGAGUGUACUUUGGUGGCUUCUUCAUUAGAGGACACCCCGUCACCAUGCACACAAUCACCUACAGCAUCAACUUCUUCACCAAGGGGGAAGUUCAGGCCUUGUUUCUAAGACAUGAAGGUUAUCUCGGAGCCAUCGGAGCAUUUCUCAAAGGAGCAGAGGAGGACAAUCCAAACCAGUACAGUUGGGGUGAGAACUACGCUGGAAGCUCAGGCCUGAUGAGCGUGUCUCCAGAAAUGUAUCCCAUGCAACGUGCACGUAGCGGAACAUUUUCCUUUGACAUGCUGGAGAUGGACCGUCUGGAGGGGAAGCUGGUGAAUCUGCCUCUGCUGCAGGACGCUUCAUCUUACAUCCCCGACACGGUCGACCUCACCGAGGACGCUCACGCCCGCGAAUACUGGCUCUACUGCUUCGAAGAGGCCCUAGACGGGGUGGUUCAGAGAGCUGUAGCGAGCCAGCCUGACAUGCCGGAGGCAGCCGAGCGAGCCGAGAAGUUCCGCCAGAAAUACAGACACAAGCUUCAGACCCUCCGCCACCAGCCUUUUGCUUAUGGAUCCCUCACUGUCAGGAGUCUGUUAGACACGAGGGAACACUGUUUAAACGAGUUCAACUUUCCUGAUCCCUACUCUAAGAUUAAACAGAGGGAGAACGACACGGCUCUCAAGUACUACCAGAAGGCAGUAAAGUGUCUGGACGAGUUGAGCUGGGAGGAGAGACAGUAUGCCCUGGUCAGGGGCGUCCUGGCUGGGAAUGUCUUUGACUGGGGAGCCAAGGCCGUCUCAGACGUCCUUGAAUCGGAUCCUGAGUUUGGGUUUGAGCAGGCUAAACGACAAUUGGAAGAGCGGCCGUGGCUUGUUGAUUCCUAUGACCAGUGGUUUGAGAGACUAAAGGGUCCUCCUCAUAAGUGUGCCAUGUUUUUCGUAGAUAAUAGUGGAGUAGACAUUAUCCUAGGGGUGAUGCCUUUUGUCAGAGAGCUGCUCUCCAGAGGAACAGAGGUUGUAUUGGCCAGCAACUCCGGUCCGGCUUUAAAUGACGUAACGAACGGUGAACUGCAGAUAUUGACCGAAAGCAUCGCUGCUAUGGAUCCAGUGGUUCAGGCCGGUCUGAGGGAGGACAGGUUGACGUUGGUCCAGAGUGGUUCCAGUUCACCCUGCCUGGAUCUGAGUCGUCUAGACAAAGUGCUGGCGAUGGUGGUGCGGGAGCGAAAAACCGACCUGGUGAUCAUCGAGGGAAUGGGCCGAGCCAUUCACACCAACUACUACGCCAUGCUCAGCUGCGAGAGCCUCAAGAUGGCCGUCAUCAAGAACUCGUGGCUGGCCGACCGCCUGGGGGGAAAGCUGUUCAGCGUGGUCUUCAAGUACGAGGUACCGGCCACCAGCCAACACUCUGCAGCUCUGACGCCCUCAUGAGAGCGCCGGAGGCUCGCGUUUGAGCCGGGGUCAGAAUGCCGAAGUCGAGCAACGGCUACGGAUUAGCUCUGAAUGUCAGGAUGACGGCCGUAUACUGUCACUAAGUAAAUGGCUGAUUGCAACGUUGGUUU